UCCCCAAUCUUUUCCAGAUUGCAAAGCCAGUGUGAAAACAGGAGUUGUCCUCGCAGCUUGUCGUAUAGUUUUGGAAAACCUGUUCCUAUAUGCCUAGUAAGAAAAGUAGAGGAGUUGGAAUCUUCCUGGUUGGAAACCUGUACUUUACUUGAACCUCCUGGCACUGCAGAACCAUUUCCUGUGAUUGCAGCAGAUAAAAUCCCUCGCUGGUGGGAAUGCACUGCAAUUAGAUCAAAGCUUUCCAGACAAAUACGAGUCCUAACGCAAAGCGCUUCUGUUGCUGUUAUUUUUGCGGGGAUCUAUUUUUUUUGAGGGCUAGCCGCAGGCAGGCCGGACAGCUUCAUAGCGGAAGCCAGAUUUCCGUCUCAAAAGCAGCAAGCAGCCCGAACUGAACGCGUGACAAGAGUCGAUCACCAUUCGCAUCCGCUGCAAUGCCCCACGCAAAUUUGGAUGAUGGCUCGUCGGGUGCCUGGAUAGCUAAGCUAACCGACGCGCGGAGGAGGACUGGAUGGGACCGGCGGCUUUCCUCCCGAUGUGCUGCAGGUCUGGCCCGUGUGCCGCGGACGAGCAGGCGGUUUCCCCCGCCGAGCACGUAGUUUUUGCUCCGGGAGCGGCUCCGAGGGACAGGUAUUCCAAUUCCAAACGUAACUGUGAUGACAUUAGACGAUUCUUGGUUAGAGCACCAAAGACAUUUUCACAGAAAGGAUUAGCUAUACAGAACUGUUGCUGGAAGCCUGCCCAGUUGGACCCGCCACCCUGCGAGGGCCCUCUAAGGAGGAGCUGACAGUGAGCUGCAUCCCUGAGGCAGUCCAUGGGGACUGUACCACAUCCCCUGGGACCUGCCGAGCUCUCCCUAGCUGCCCCUCCCGAGGAGAAGGACCGCCCAGGGGACCUGCUGCCUGCUAAACACCAGCCCAAAGUUGCUGCUGAAGAGAGGGCCAGCAAUGGCUUCCCCUGCUCCAUACCAGGCUCCGCAGCCGCUCGCACCUGCAGCCUGAAGCGCACCAGCACCCAGAGGCAGGAGGCGUGCUGCAAGGAGGAUGUUAACCAGCAAGCUGUGCUUCUUCGCAGGCUCUCCAGCCAGGCUGUGGAGGGGUGUCUGACAGCAGUAGGGCCAGCCCCAGCGGUGGAUGCGGCAGGGUGCGGGCCAGACAUGAUGCCAGCUCCCCAGAGCUCCCGGCAGUUUGUGCAGGGUGGCCAGGCGAAAGCAAGCCCCCUGGCGCAGGUGGAGGACUCUGCCUUGAAACCUCAGGGGACUGAGGAGCAGCCAGCUCUCCAGGUGUUGCAGUGUUCGUCUCCGGGCAGCCCGGCCAGGGAUAACGAGUCGUGUCUCACCUCUCAGACAAGCCUUCUGCAAAGAGAGAGAAAAGAGGGGGGAGCAGAAGCUGACGCUGCUGCCUGCCAGCCUGCCUCUCCGGUGAGGGACAGGGACACUGCCACCGAUGCUGGGAGAGAUCCACAGGCAGCUGUGGUGGCAAAAAGCGGGUCUGCAGGUCCUGAGCAGCUGUGUCCUGCUGAUCAGACUGAGAUGACGCAGAGCAGCGUGGCCCCAGCCCAGCUCAGCUGUGAGGGCACACAUCCCAUAUGUGAUGCAGACACUGAGCCGGGGAGCUCGGGCCCAACCCAGCUCUCCAAAUUCAGAGAAACAGGUACGAUGACGGUUCAGUCGGAGAGCAGCUCUUUAACUCAGGAAGCAGCAAGCAGAACGUGGCGAGAUGCCGAGGUUCAGGCCGUAGCUACUGUGGAGAAUAAAUCAGCUUCCACCAGCCCCAGCAUCCUCGCUGCCUUCUUAAAAGGGAACCCUCCUCCAGAGGAGAAGGAAGAACUGCACAUCAUUUACCAAGGCAGUGGGGGGCUGAGCCAGUCCAAACUUGCUAACAGCUGCUCCUCACAGCAGAAGCCCCCAUGUUCUCCUGGUACAGUGUCAAAAUUGACUGUUGUUACGGCUGUGGCUGCUACAGCCCAAAGCCAGCCUGUCGGGCUGCCUGCUGUCCCACCUGAUGCAGUGUCCCCAGGCUCAGCAGACAAUGCAGAACCCACCGUCCCCUUCUCCCCUGCAGCUGUCACCUCCCGAGGUACACCUGUGGAUAAUACUGAAGGGACAGGUCCAGCCAGCAGCGGUGAGGAUGCUCCUGCGCUGCCGACAGAUGCUGCGGCCCUGUCAAAGUCAGUGCCUGCCCAGCAGCUUGCCAUCAGCCCCAGUAAUCAACCCGCAGCACGGUCUGCUGCCAGUGAAAUAAAUGUCAUGUCUGCUACCAGAACUGAGAGCAAGGUGCAGUGUCUCGUGCAUGAUGUGGGAAGCAGCCAGUUACCUUCACUCUGUAACAUGCAGAGUGAAACUAAGCAGAAUGAGGCCCUGGGCAGCUCUGAGCAAAAACCAAUGCCAUGUAAGGGUGCGAACGAAGUGGAGGCGAUUCCUCAAUCUGGGGUAAAAGCAAAGGAAGAAAACUUGAUGGUGCUUGAUGCCCAGGGAGGGGUAAAUACUAGCAGAGAGCCCGUCAGUGGAAAGGCUUGCUCGGAGGAGGUGGGUGAGAAGGAGCAGAGCGGAGGCCAGGGUGAGAUGAGGCCGACUCCAACGGCCAGCAGGCAGGCUCUGCCGGUGGGAGCAGUGGCUGCUCCGAGCUGGAGCUCUGGACAUGUCACCCCUCUCCUGGAGGCUUCGGCAGCUCCCCAGCAAGCCAAGGAGUCCAAGCGUGAGCUUCAUGCUGCAGCUGUUCCUUCUUCGGUUCAGGCCUUGCCAAACCGUGGGGAAAACAAGAAGCAGCCCGCCUCUGCCAUGGAGGCAAAAGUGCAGGUGAAGCAAUCCAAGCACGUUAGAGAUGUUGUCUGGGAUGAGCAAGGCAUGACGUGGGAGGUCUACGGUGCUUCCCUCGACCCUGAGUCCUUGGGAAUCGCUAUCCAGAACCACUUACAGAGACAAAUCCGGGAACAUGAGAAACUGAUCCGGGCUCAGAACAGUCAGAACCGGAAAUCCAUUUCCUCAGACACAUCCUCAAAUAAGAAACUGAAAGGGAGGCAGCAUAACAUAUUCCAGUCCAUGCUGCAGAAUUUUAGGCGUCCCAAUUGCUGUGUCCGACCUGCUCCGUCAUCUGUGUUAGACUGAAGUGGUCCGCAGGGGUGGGUGGAUAUCUGCAGUGGUAGUGAGAAUCCUUCCCAUCAAGUCUCAAGUCCUGCUGUUCAGUUGUGUUAUUGGGGUUGCAGUGCAGCAACAGUGGAAAUUAUUGCCCUUUGUUUUCUGAGUAGCCACUCACUCCAUCAUGCCUUCGUCAUUGCCACAGCUGGUGUAUUUCCACAUGGUGCCCCCAUCCCGUCCAGCGUCAGAUGAGAAGCUAGGCAGUUAGCAAAAGCACAAAUUUGCAUUGCCACCUUGUGGCAGGGAGAACAGCAUCUUCUGAUAAAGCAAGAAGCAGAGGGAUUAUCAGGAUCAUUGUCGGAAAUCACUGGUAUGCAUCAAAAGGUCUUAUGCAGAGGGAUAGGCUGGGGGAAGCUGGAUGAGGUGAAACUAAGGUUAAACAGCUGUUUAACCGAGCUGUAAAGUGAGACAACUUUCCUUAUGUUUAAGUUACCCACACUGAGGCAAGUCUGUAAAAAGGUUAUGAACUGUUGAUGCAGUGGCGCACAGUUUUUAGGUGAGCCUGAGUGAGACAGUUCUUCUUUUCCCCUUGAAAUGGAGAAUGAAGGAAAGAGUGAGGAUCAGGGCUGAAGAACUCUCUUUGGGAGAAGAAGUUGAGUAAAUAGGAUUUUGAUGGCUGGAAGGGGAGGUGAGAGAGGAGUGUGCAAGGUGUGUGCAAGCAGGCAAUGCCUGCAGAUGAGGCCAGCCACGAGAGGACACGCAGCCAGGUCUCCUGGAACAGUGACACACCAGCUCAGGCUCUCAGCAGCCUCCAGAAGUGCUGAAUGCUGCUCCUGUAAAACACUUUUUUUAAGUGGUGUGGGUCUUUUUUCUCUCUCUAGAGAUGCACGGUGAUGUUUUAAUGUAGGAGCAGGCUGUGCUGUGCACCUAGGUCCAUGAGCCUACAUGUCUACUGUGUUACACUGCUCUGACUUUUUAAGCCCUUAUCUGAAUCUGCUCCUUUUUUUUUUCUUCAGUAUAUUGGUGCUUUUCUCGCUGCCUUUCAUAAACUUAAUACCAUUUAUUUAGCCUGUGCAUAUCUUGUUUUACCAAACGUUCUCUAUAUUAUAAAUCGUUGUAUUGUUAACUUGAAAUGUUUACUUUACAGAAGUAUUGAAAUCUUGAGACAAUCUUUACUGUAUUUCUAAUGUUAGAGAAGUUGUAGCAUCUGCCAAUAAAAGGUAGCUUAGUGACUGUUUCUCCAGAAGUGUGAUAUACAAUAAUGUCUCAAAUGUACAUUUGUCACAUUUCUCAGCUUAACAACAUUUUUCAACCUGGGAAAUGUUUCUCACUAGCUUUUCAUUCUGUCCACUAGUGUUUAUGGUAGGCUGGGGAACUCCUGCAGUUUAUAGAAAGUUUAUUUUUCAAUCCUGCAAAGCACCAGGGAUUUGGAUAUUGUAAUCCUGCCGAGUGCUAAGUUAAAUAGGAGUUACUUUUAUUCCAUUAAAGAUUUUUCAUAAAUCAUGAUGAUAAUUUAUUUCUGUCUGUAGUACCACACAUCCAAUUUACUCUGUAGAUCUUACAACACAGUGUAAACAAACAUGAAUAUUCUUUCUUUUCUCUUUUUCUAUGAAGCAGCCGUGAGGUGGUCCACUUGUAUUUAGGAGGCCAGACUUUUUGAGUGUAUUGACUGCCAAGCUUUCAAAGCAGCUGUUUCAGGGCAAUUUUUUUCCCCAGUUAGGAGGUAAAAUACUGUAAGGUUUCUUUAAUGGACAAUAUUUCAACCUACUUCAAUGAAAGUUGUUGCCCCUAUGCUUGUUACUCCUAAUUGACUCCUACUUUUCCUCUGGUAUAUAUUUGGAGUUUUAUGGCACCUCCUCAUUCCAUGUCUGUACAUUAUUUCAAGUUGUCUGCCGCUUGAUGCUGAACGGGUGAAUCUGAAAUACCAUAUCAGAUAGUGUCUUCCCAUGUCUGCCUACCAGGAGGAAAGUCUCCCGUCUUUUUUUUGUUGUUGUUAGUACUGCUGUUUUCGUUACCUUCCUAGCAGUGUCUGAGAUGUGAGUUUCCUGUGAAAUUUUGUGUGGGAUUAAUCUCGGCAGCACCAUUAGGUAAGGUUAGUUGACAAGUUCGGUGUCUCUUACCACGUUGUGUCUGUGUCAACCAUGAAGAGGUUCCCAGAGUUUUCUGUGGUGUUUGCUGUCUCCUGUCCAGGUCCAAGGCUUCGCGCAGCUCCUUCCUACACCUUCACCUCCCUUCUGCCAGCUCCAUCUUUAGCUGCUGCCCAGCCUGUCCUCCUGUGAAACCAUGUCCCUUGACUGAGCUCGCAUCCCUCCCUCCACUGCCCUCCUCAUUGCAAGCUUGCUCUGAAUUGUCCCUUUACAAAUGUGUCUUGUCUGAAUAUAUAAAUGGAUUGUCAUAUUCUUCCCGAGGAGAAUAAAUGGAUAUCAUGCACUCAGCGAUUUCCAUGAACUUUAUCCUUUAGCUCAAGCGCUCCUAAAUGUUUCUACAAUAUGGGUAUGAAUGGCUUUAUGGAGGCCAAACUGGACUUAGCAAUGAGUGAGCACUGCAAUUAACACUUCUUCACGAGGAACCAGAGAUCUCCAGGUACCCUGCAGCUGCUCCCAGCUGCGAGUCUGCACCAGCUGGUCCACUCCCACCAACCUUUCUUCCAGGGAAAUUUCACCAAUACUGAUGUACAGCAAAACGCUGGUGGGUAGAUUACCAACUGGAUGCAUCUAAAUAACUGCGUGGGCGUAGCUGGAUACACCACGGUGCUCAGCAGAGUGUUGUGGUGUUGUGUUCUGUGAAAAUACUCAUGCACAGACAACCUGCAACACGUCAGCAACACUGUCUUGUGGGCAUAGAGCUCCUGCAGGCGUGCAUUCACAGCCAAACAAUAUUGUGCCAAAAACACAAAAAAUGAGUCAGUAAUCACCAGCACACCUCAUGUGAAAUAUUUUAUGUUUUCACUUUGCCCUGUUAGUGCAGACUGUAGGCAACCUGCUAGCUUUCCACUGGCAAUUUGUGCUUUCUCGUGCAUACAAUGUUUAGAUGAUUUAUGUGAAUCCUCGGAGGGAUGAUGCAUGUUUCACCAGAAGGAAAAUAUGUUUUGGGUAGCAAUUAGCAAAUGUGUGUGUGAAUAGUCCUUUAGCAGCCAAGAAAGACUGUUCUUGGUGUCACAUCAGUGUCAAAAAUAGAAGUUACUGUACGGCAGAGGACAGGGGGGAGGUGAUCCACGUGCCUUCAUCCUCUUCUUUUUCCCUGCCCUGUGAGUCAGCACCACAGAGUGUUGGUUCAGUGGUUAACAACCCAGGAAAUCCAUUUGGGAUAAUAAAAAGAGGGCUCAAAACAGAAGUUACUUUGUCAUUUCCAAGAGUAAAUCUGUUCGAGGAAAAAUAAAAACAAAGGAGCUGUGUUGCAGCCCAGACAGCUGAAGUAACUCGGUGUGUUGGAAGCUUCAAAAAAUCAAAAUUCAGUUUGGUGGAAGAUGAGAAAUUGUGGAAACAAGCUUAUUGUCAGAGAAACUCUGUCAGUGCAUCUUCUGGGGAGAUUGGUGUGGCCAGAACCAAAACCAGAACAGUUAAUAGGAAUGCAAAUCUAUAUUUCAAUGUUUCCAAUAUGAAUUGAAGGAGAGACUUGUUGCAGGCAGUUUGCAGCAUGGCCCCAGAUUUCAUGUGGGCUCAG